AUGGCCUUUUCUGCCGUGUCUGAUUGUGCCCCCGGCCGUCAUCUUUCAAGGUCAUAUUUUCCGUUGGAGGGCUAUAGAGCUGAAAAACGUGGUAGGUAACAUUUCUAGCGAAAAGGUAAUCCUCAAGGUGAUGGGUACUUGUCGAAAAAGUUAUUAACACCCCAUGAGUUGUGUUGCUCAAAUUUGUUUGUACACGCUCAAGGUACAAACCUCGAGCCAGCAAAGUCAGCAAAGUGUUAACUCAUUUAUCACGACGGCAGUGGUAUCGAUUUAUGGUAUUGGUUUUCCUGUUAAAAUACAACGACUCCCACGUCGUUCUGUCCUUGCUCAUGUGAGAACUAGAGGAGAGCUCUGGAAUUAAAAUGGUGAAGCGAUAUCGAACCUUGUCGUUUCAGUAAUGAAUAUCUUUUUUCAUUUUUCCGCAUUAUUUUCUCUCACCCUUGAUGAGGGGAGAAUCGCGGGCGCACCAAGACACCCACGACAGGAGACUGAGCCUCGCCUACAUGUGCACAUGUGUUCUACAGUCGACUCCCGCUAACUCAAACCUCCCACGAAGGCUGAACAAAUAACUGAGGCAAAUAAAUGAGGCAAAGUCAGGCCAAUAAAAAUAAGCAUAAAAAUGACAAUUGAUUUAGACAAAUAACUUUUCCCGUACCGUAGUAUACUUACUGAAGAACUCUAUCUAACUGAUUUAUUGACAGCUCUCUGCACUACAGAUCAGUAUGACAAGAUUGAGGGAUGUGCAUACUUCAAGGCGCAAGGCUAUUGUGAAGAAACGUCGCGUUACUAUACUUAUGUACAAAGUAACUGCCAUGCAUCUUGCGUCAACUGCGAAAGUAAGUCUGAAGGAACCAUAAACCUUUCGAAUACUUGUACCUUGAGUCCUUUAAUCAACAAGUACGAAUGCUUCCAGGUUUAUUCGUCAAAGGUUAAAUUGAUUGUUUCAAACCAAUUGCGUUGUCUCAAUGCCGUCCGUUUUUCUUAAAACUAACUCCCUCUUAGUGGACUUUGAGACAUGAGGCUCAUGUUUACAUCGCUCGAAUUUUAGACAGUUACAAAUUUAACUGUUUUAUUAAAAAUAACUUUAUUUCAUUUUUUUUUAUAGUGCCACCAACUCAACCACCGGAAGGUAAGUUCACUCAGGAGCAUUGUCUUGGUUUAAUUUAGCAGCCUCUCUUGAAAGUUCAUGAUAGCCAUGCACUAGCCAAUACAUUAAGUGGAAGUCAAAGAUUAUCAAAAAAAAUCAUGAAUGAUUUUGUUGACAUGAUUACUUUGGAGUACCAUUUUUUUGAAACUGAAUUUUGAACUCCAGACUGCCGACUAUUCAGUGUCAUGUAGCAGCUCCCCUAACCCUAAAAGCCAAUUGGUUCGAUACCCUUACCGUGAAACAGUAGGAAAUAAGGAUAAACCAUGUGUUAUUGUUUUCUGCGACCAAUGAGGAAACAUUUUACGAGAAGCUCCUACAUUACCUACUAUUUUGGGAGACUUUACUUUUUUACUCUCUUUAUAUCCUUCCAACCCCUUCCCCCUAAAAGACAAUCAACUGGAGGAAAUUAUGACGUAGGUUUGUCCAACAGGUAUUUCAUAAAUUUAAGAGCAAAGACGGUAUUAGACUUGCCCACAAGUUGAUUGAUUACUAAGACCGUUAAUUAGUGUUAAAUUUAUAAAAAAAAAAGACGUCUAAAAACAUUUUUUAAUGUUUUAGUGUAACUGAGCAGGGUGCGCGAACUCCUAAGGACGAGCUUGAAGCAAGUGCCGAGCGCGAGCGGGGAGUGAUCUAAUAGACCUUAUUCACGAUACGUGGUUUCGCAGGGGGCUAGAUAGUGACAAGAUCUUCUUAAGGUGGCUCGAUAGGGUUUUUUCAGGGUCAAUACGUCCCAAGUUUGAGCAUACGCUACGACGCUAAUAACAAAAAUUUGGAAAAAUUACCACCACAGGUGUAUUAGAUGAAGAUAAAAAUUUGUUAUGAUCAUGGUUACAAUGACAUCGGAGUUGUCAUAGUAACGAAAUGACGCCAUUACUUAUUUUGCUUGCAGCUAUAUUUUUUUGGCACUGGGAACUCUGCUUUUAAAACCGUUCACUUGGGCUUUUCCCUCUGCUACCCACCUUGAUGUUCGUCAUCGUUUUAUAUGACCUUUGAGUUUCAAGAUUAUUGAUAUGUUGUAAGGCAUUGAAAUAAGGGCUACAAUUCGUUAAUUUUUUUUGUCGGAAAUUACGUGCUAACAAGUGAGAGCCUCUCUUUAUUCAGGGUAUUCAAGUUUCCUUUUCACGUGAAAAACUGCAGUAACUAACAAUGCAUUUGAAAUAUGCAGAAAUGUUAGCUAUUGUUGUCCACGAAAAUAUAAAUUCCGACCAAAAAUUAGCGAAUUGUAGUCCUUAUUUUACUGCAUUACAAGAUAUCAAUAUUCUUGAAACUCAAAGGUCAUAUAAAACGACAGUUAAUCUCGAAAAUCCCAAAUUUUAUAAAAAUCUAUCAAGCGGUUUCAAAAUUAUUCCCUUAAGUGUUUAAGUAGACCAACAUGUUUACAAAACCGCUAACAAGAGCGCCUCGAUACAUACUAAUCAAAUUCUUCUUUUUGUAGCAGUCGGCUAAAGCUAUCUCCAUGAUCCUUCACACACGUUUUAAUCAGAGAUUAAAACUACUACGAGGUAAAAUUGCAUUUCAAAAGCGUUUCGUUUUCCAGAGAUAACGGCCGAACAUCAAGAUUGUCAAAUUUUUAGCGUAUUUCUAACCAUGAAAACUUCAUCCCAAAAUAUCGCUAUAACAGUCUUGUAGAUUUGGCUCAAACGAUCAUCGAGGUUGGUAUUGGAGGAGAAAGCUCUGGUAAAUGUUUUUGAAGAAGAGUUCUCACUGUGCCGAGAAUUGCAGCAAGUAAAAUAGGUAAUGGCGUCAUGGCGUCAUGGCAACUCCGAUGUCAUUGUAACCUUGAUCGAAAGGAACUUUCAUCUGCAUCUAAUACAGCUGUGGUGAUAAUUUUUUCAAACCUUCGUUAAUGGCGACGUAGUUUAUGCUGAAACUUGGGAGGUAUUGACCCUGAAAAACCCUAUCGAGCCACCUUAGGAUAGAUUUUGUCACUUGUUUUCCCUCUAAGAAGCCACGUAUCGUGAAUUUUGUUUGUUUUCCCAGUGUAGGUCUUGUGAUAAUAACCUACGGAACUACUUCAUUCAUAUUCCGUCUUAUUCCCGUGCAUUUGUUCCCAUGAUUUAUGGAAAGACAAAGGGGUAAUCUCCUGAAACCUUCAUUCGCAAAACAAAUCAUACAAGCUAAAGAGGUCAAUUCGCGACUUUAAUGCAAUAGAACGUUUUCACAUGACGUCAAGGAGGCCAUUUUGGUUUUCCUAAACAAUGAAACGGUGGCCAUGUUGGUGUCCCAAGCCAGUCCUGUGGGAGUUGAACUCUUUCUAAUGUAAGCUCUCUCUUUUCUUCUAAUGAAGUUGCAUACAUACUCCCACAGGACUAGCUUGUAGGAGCAACAUGGCCGCUGUUUCAUUGUUUAGGAACACCACAAUGGCCAACGUGACGUCAUGUGAAAACGUUCUAUUGCAUUAUGGGAAACGUGAAAGUCGCCGAUACCUAUUUCUCUUUCGUAAACAGUCGUUGCCAUUUGCAAAUGGCAGCGAUCGUUUACAAAAGGGGCAACUGCGUCGUCGAUUCUUGACAAAUAGGCCACUUGCACUAAGAAGUCACGUGACCAAUGCCUCCUUUAAACAAUGAGUUGGAAUCUUGCUGAUGCCAAAAAUUGACAGAGCACAUAAAAAUUAUCUUACACCCAAAAUUUGAGCGGAAACGCAUUUAAGGGAGAUAUUUUAUGGCACUUUGAUUUUUCAACAAAGUAGUAUGAUUUGUACUGGCCACCAUGCACGUUGGAGGGCAUACUCUUGCCCUCCAACAUGGCGGCCAAAACUACUCCGGUCUCUGCUUACAUCUUGUUAAACGUUUGAUAGUUACCCUCAGAUGUGCUGUUAACGUUACCACAUCAUCUUUUCAACAUUUUCCUUGAAGUUUAAGUGCAAAAUUUGUCAGAGUUCAGAAAGAGGUAAUUCAUAAUUUCAAAAAUUCACAUUUUGGUCACGUGACCAUUUACGAACUUACUUAUUUUAAGAAAAUGGCGCGGGUUUGAAAACCAAAUCACUAUUACUUUGUUAAGAUAUGACCCACUAAUCGUUUUUCGAGAGCAAACUCAUAUAACUUUCAUUUUCAUAAAAAAACGAUGUCACAUGACCUCUUAGUGCAAAUGGCCUAUUUGAGAGCAGAGUAGAUCUAGCAAUUGUGGAAAACAUUUUGUCUCUCACACUUUCUUUAAUGUUAUAUAUGCAAGUGUUUACGUUUUGUAUUUGUUCUCACGGCUUUUAACAAUUGUUUGGUUCCAAGCAAGUGUUUUAAUUUGUCUUUGUAUUUAUUGAACAAAAAGUGGACGCAGGCGACUGUCUGGGAGCUCAUAAUGCUAAGCGUGCUCUUCAUGGAGCACAGCCUUUGACCUGGAGCUCAACACUUGCUCAGGAGGCUAAGGAGUGGGCUGAAACACUGAUAGAAGAAGGAACGUUUAAACACGCUAACACUACUGAUGGGGAAAAUUUGUUCGGAGGGACAGCCACAAAAGCUUACACAUGUGUUGACGCCGUGGAAUCCUGGUAGGUGAUCUACACAAGUCAGACUAUUUUGCUGUUGACUCAUAAGCCCCGUGCAAACGGACGUAACAAUGUUGGAAAUUUUUGCCGGCGUACGUCUGCGCAUACCCUUAAGCCAUUUCCCAGUUGCAAAACUCUGAAAUGGCUUAAGGCUACACGCAGACGUACACACGCACUUUCAAUGCCAAGGUUUGUGAAACGUUUUAUGUUAAAAGUAAUGAGUUAUAUAUGUGUCAGAAUUAAUAACUAUGAAAACAAAGACUUUCCAUUAACCUUCCCUUUGAGGAGCAAUUUUUGGGCAAGUUGGGAAUGAGUGGCUAUUGGGAGGUAGGGUAGAUUUUCACUGUCGCGCAAUUUUUACGUGCGUACGCGAGUGAAAUUUACUUGCAUAAAUAAAACAGUUGAGGCAAUGUAUGAAACGCCGCGCGUAAACGUAAAAGUUAAGCGAUAUGUUUACGCUUGACCUGCCAUACAUCGCCUCUAUUUUAUUUACGCGCGUAAAACAACGUGCGUACACAAAUAAAAAUUAUGCGACAGUGGAAAUCCACCUUUAUAAAUUAAAAUGAUACUCGCAGACCUAUACACCAUUUAAAAAACAAAAAUUAUUAAAGGACAAAAAAAGGAAACGAUUAUGAUGAUAGGUACUAGUUAUAUAGAGAGAGAAGAGUUGUAAGUUAAUAUUUUUUUAAGUCUAGCCAUGAUUUUGUCGUUAUCUAUAUAGUUGUCUUCGGUUUUCAGUAUAUUUGAUAAAGCUCCUUUAAGUUUUUUUCUGAAGGUCGUCCUUGAUAUGUUUUUAAAGCUAUUUAGCAUCUCAUUCCAUAUCUUUGCGCCAACAUGAGAGAACGCAUUCUUUUGUAUAUCAAGUCUAGAUUUUUUACGUAGAAAUUUUGUGAAGUUGAUGAGCGUGUAGAAUAGUGUUGUGAAUUUGAUGUCCUUGAAAACAAGUUUAAAAUAUUUAUCGGUGUAUUUCUUUCGUCUAUGUCGUGCAUUAAGUUUAAGACGGAUUGAUAAUACAAAAAAUUUAAUGGCAGUACUUUGGAAUUUACCAAAAAAAGGCCGGAAUAGCAUGAUCUUAUCUGUUUGCAGAAUAUAUCAAGCGUAGUGCACGUUUUUGAAGGAUAAGUAUUUUAAUUGUCGAGGUACGUUUUACAGGCGUUUCACCAAGAGAUAAGAUCAUAGGUUAAGUAAAGUGUUAUCAGUGCAUUGUAAAUGUUUACAAGAACAGAAGACGGUACAAAGUGUCUUAGCUUAGAUAGCAUACCAAUCGUUUUACUUAUCUUAAUGGCAACUGUGACAAUAUGUGUUCUCCAGGAAAUAUUCUCAUCUAUUAAGACUCCUAGAUAUUUUGUGCAAUCUUUUCGUUCAAGAUUUCCAUUUUUAUUGGUUUCAUUAUCAUAAAUAGAAAUUCGAAGGGGAUUAAUUUUUUUUGUUGAUAGGACCGAAAAAUGACAUAGUUAGAUUUUUUACCAUUUUAUGUCAGUUAACUUGUUUGUAGUGAGCCAAUCGUAUAAUUCUUGUAAUUCAAUAUUUACUGUCAAUUCAAUGGAUUUCAAGUUUUUGUCAGCGUAAACUUGAGGAUAUUAGUAUCAUCCGCAAAAAGAAAGAAAUUAAAUUUUUCAGAGCAAAAAUGAACAUCAUUUAUGUAAAGUAUCACAAAAACCGGAUCUAAUAAUUGUUUCAUUAUACAUUGUUUUGAAAUAAAUAACGACAAACUCGGCACCGUUGCACGGAACCGCUUUGACAUUGCUCUUGAAAAUCAUGCUUUGCGCGCGCAACCUACAGAUUAGUCAGUUAUCUGUUAGCAGAUAACUAUCUAAUCCGUAGGGUGCGCUGAUUUCCAAUUUAACUGUAGGAUCUUAGCCAAUGAAAAGAUAAUUAGUGAGUACAAUGUGUAAUAAACAAAGUAAUGUGCUGAACGUGUAAAGUUUUGUUGUUUUGCCUAAUAAAUCUUGUUGCUCCUUUGACGUUUUCGUUACCGUCGCCUUCGAGGCAUGGAGGAAGGAAGAUCACAGCGCCAAGAAGAUCCUAGAAGUCGGAAAAACUUUUCGAUGGGUUUACAUGCAGAAAUUUCGGUCCGUGUAGUUGAGCAGGAAUUAUAGAUGGCGGGCGAAGAUAACAAACAUGCAAUUUAUGAAUACUAUAUACCAUCCUAACUAAGAGAGAUGUUCUCUUGAUCCUAACCUAUUCCCAAAACUGCUUUGAUUUUUUGUGCAGGUAUAGCGAAGAGCCUGACUACCCUUACAACAACCCACCAACUACAGAAGCAGAGUUUUACGUCACCCCGCAGUUUGGUCACUUCACACAGGUUUGCGGUCUUUCUUUAUUAAUUACAGUUGUUGCUAAUAAUCCCUCUUUUGAAAUACGUUAAAAAUUGGGUCUUAUGAUAAUUACUGACUGUCGAAAAGUGUUAACUUAUUAGGUAGGAGUGAUACAAGCUGCUGCACAAACGCCAACGGGUGCAGAAUGCUCAACGCUUUGAUCACAUCACUCCCUCCCAAUUUAGCCUCCACUGGCUGCUAAUUCGCCACUUUAGAAACGAAAAGGAACCUGGGGCGACUCAACUUUUUCAAUGGGAAAAACAGCCAAUAGCUGACCGGCUCGUCACCAGUAGCGAUCCCAGAAACAAUUGGGGCAAGCAUUUCGGGUCCAGUUCUCUUCUCGUUUCUAAAGUGGCGAAUAAGACAGAAUCCAGUUUAAAAAUCUCACUUAUCACCUAUAAAGCCUUCAAUGGACUUGCUCCUGCAUCUAUACUGAAAAAAACGGUUAAAACAAAAAACUAAAUCUCUAAAUACAACCUAGAGUCUUCUGAUGACAAACUCAUACUUCAGCAUCCCAACUCUCGCUACUCUUGGUUCAUUUACCGCCGUGGCACAAAAAAUAUGGGACGAUCUACCAGAGGUUAUCCGCAAUGCCAUAAAUGUCGUCGCCUUUAAACGCCUACUGAAAACUCAUCUAUUCAGCCAGGGAGGCGUAUCGCUGUUAGAAGAUUAAACUUAUUUUAAAAAAACUGGGUACCCUUUGUACCGUCCGUGGGUUAAAUGUUUUUUUUUUUUGUUUUUUUUUUGCAAAUGCGUUUUUUGAUUUGUUUGUUUGUUUUUUUGCUAUAGAUUGUUUGGAAGGGUACUCAUCAGGUUGGUGCAGCCCUUGCAACAAAGAAUUUAGGGAACGGUUACAUUAAAACCGUCAUAGUGGCCCGUUAUUCCCCGCGAGGAAACAUCCUGGGACAAUUUCCCGAUAACGUGUUACCUGAGCAGUGA